AGCCUGGGUAGCAGAGCGAGAGAGACCCUGUCUCCUCCACCAAAAAAAGUGAGUGUAAAUUAUAAUUAUUAUUUUGGCAAGUCUUCGUGAAAUAGUUUGGGUAUCCCUGAAAGUAUUAAACACAGACUUCUUUAAAAAAAAAUACAUUGAGAUUUUCAGUAAACUGGUAAUCCCAGUAUUCCAGGUAAUUUUUACUUUUACUUUCUACAUCAUCAUUUGGGUUUCCUUAGUAGAGUGAAGAAUAGUUGUUUGAAAUGGAAAUCUGCUAUUGGCAUUACUAAUAAGAUAAAUAGCAUUUUCUGUUUGGCUGAGAAGAAUUUUACCAGUUAACUAUUUUUGCAGUAUAAGGAGUGCUAUUGAGAUUUUUAACUUUAGGGAUAUUGUAGUAUUUGCCUUAAUUAUACUGGUAUUAUGAAAUUUGGUUCUGUGCUCAGACGUGUGAGCUGUUUAUGUAGACCUUUAAAUUGUAUCCAAACAGUAGCCCAUAGGUUUGGAUUUAUUGUUAUAAAAAUUGAUUUUUGAAUUUCAGGCUUUGCUGUUUUAUUCAUUUAUUGUAUAAUUUUGAAUGGUUGCCUUAAUUUGAUUUGGUCUUAUGUUUUGAAAGGAAGGAGAACAGCACGAGAGUUGGAUAUAAAUAUGUACUAGGUAUUUGAAUUUUCAUGUGGCAAAAUGAUUGAAGGUCUUUUUUUUUUUAACUUUUGGUAUUGAGAUUUUACUUGUAGAACAGUUUUUUGAAGUAGAUGUAAAACUUGUGUACAGCAAAAUGUAUAGACCAUAAGGAUAGAAUUCAGUAAACCUUGAUAAAUUUAUACACCCAUGUAACUACUACUGCAUUCAAAAUAUAUAACAUUUCCAUCACUCCUUUUUUUCAUGCUACUUCCAAUCAAGGAGCAGUUGUUCAAUUUUCAGCAAGUUUUAAAUUUUUAAAUAAUUUUUAUGUCUAUUUGAAUAUUGUAUCUCCUUUUUGCAGAAGGAUGAUUAAUUUCCCCUUGGAACAAAAUACCAUUUUGUAACACCUGUAAUUGUGGUUCCUUAUACUGCUUCACUUUUGAUAGGUAAUUCUGAAAUGGAUAUCCUAAUCUGGCGUUGUUUAAGAUAAAUUACAGGGUUCGAGGAUUAAUUAUAUUUCAUUUUCUUUCCACAGUUAAGUUGCUUUUACAGAAUUAACAGGUCUCCAAGAAAUUGUAAAAAAGGUCAUUAUUGCUGUGGUUUGAACUCAGCAUGGCUGUAGUCAUCCGUUUACUGGGGCUUCCUUUUAUUGCGGGGCCUGUGGAUAUUCGUCACUUCUUCACGGGAUUGACUAUUCCUGAUGGAGGAGUGCAUAUAAUUGGAGGGGAAAUUGGGGAGGCUUUUAUUAUUUUUGCAACAGAUGAAGAUGCAAGACGUGCCAUAAGUCGUUCAGGAGGGUUUAUCAAGGAUUCAUCUGUAGAGCUCUUUCUUAGUAGCAAGGCAGAAAUGCAGAAGACUAUAGAAAUGAAAAGAACUGAUCGUGUAGGAAGAGGGCGUCCAGGAUCUGGGACUUCAGGGGUUGGCAGCCUAUCUAAUUUUAUUGAGUCUGUUAAGGAAGAAGCAAGUAAUUCUGGAUAUGGCUCUUCAAUUAAUCAAGAUGCUGGGUUUCAUACUAAUGGUACAGGACAUGGUAAUUUAAGGCCAAGAAAGACAAGGCCAUUGAAGGCCGAGAAUCCUUUCUUGUUUCUACGAGGUUUGCCUUACCUAGUAAAUGAAGAUGAUGUACGUGUCUUUUUCUCUGGUUUGUGCGUGGAUGGAGUAAUUUUCUUAAAACAUCAUGAUGGCCGAAAUAAUGGUGAUGCCAUAGUAAAAUUUGCUUCAUGUGUUGAUGCUUCAGGAGGUCUUAAAUGUCAUAGAAGUUUUAUGGGUUCAAGAUUUAUAGAAGUAAUGCAAGGAUCAGAACAACAGUGGAUUGAGUUUGGUGGUAAUGCAGUUAAGGAGGGUGACGUUCUUAGGAGAUCUGAAGAACAUUCUCCACCAAGAGGAAUUAAUGAUAGACAUUUUCGAAAACGGUCUCAUUCAAAAUCUCCCAGAAGAACACGUUCUCGUUCCCCUCUUGGAUUUUAUGUACACCUAAAAAAUCUGUCCCUCAGUAUUGAUGAAAGAGAUUUAAGAAAUUUCUUUAGAGGUACUGAUCUGACUGAUGAACAGAUUAGGUUUUUAUAUAAAGAUGAAAACAGAACAAGAUAUGCCUUUGUGAUGUUCAAGACUCUGAAAGACUAUAAUACUGCUCUGAGUUUACAUAAAACUGUUUUACAGUAUCGUCCAGUUCAUAUUGAUCCAAUUUCUAGAAAACAAAUGUUGAAGUUCAUUGCACGUUAUGAAAAGAAGAGAUCAGGGUCACUAGAGAGAGAUAGGCCUGGACAUGUUUCACAAAAAUACUCUCAAGAAGGUAACUCUGGCCAGAAGCUGUGCAUCUAUAUAAGAAAUUUUCCAUUUGAUGUUACAAAAGUUGAAGUGCAGAAGUUCUUUGCAGACUUUCUUCUUGCUGAGGAUGACAUUUACUUGCUUUAUGAUGACAAAGGUGUUGGUCUGGGAGAAGCAUUAGUGAAAUUUAAAUCAGAAGAACAGGCCAUGAAAGCUGAACGUUUAAACCGACGAAGAUUCUUAGGGACAGAGGUAUUAUUAAGACUUAUAUCUGAGGCACAAAUGCAGGAGUUUGGUGUAAAUUUUUCCUUGAUGUCCAGUGAAAAAAUGCAAGCUCGCUCAGAGUCACGUGAGCGAGGUGACCAUUCUCAUUUAUUUGACUCAAAAGACCCACCAAUAUACUCAGUUGGUGCCUUUGAAAACUUUAGACAUCAGCUAGAGGACUUGAGGCAACUGGAUAACUUCAAGCAUCCCCAGAGGGAUUUCCGGCAGCCUGACAGGCACCCUCCAGAAGACUUCCGACACUCCUCAGAGGACUUUAGGUUCCCCCCAGAGGACUUCAGGCACUCCCCAGAGGACUUCAGGCGACCUCGGGAGGAAGACUUCAGGCGGCCUUCUGAGGAGGACUUCAGGCGUCCUUGGGAGGAAGAUUUCAGGCGCCCUCCGGAGGAUGACUUCAGGCACCCUAGGGAGGAGGACUGGAGGAGGCCCCUUGAGGAGGAUUGGAGGCGGCCGCCGGAGGAGGAUUUCAGGCGGUCUCCCACGGAGGACUUCAGGCAGCUUCCCGAGGAGGACUUCAGGCAACCCCCUGAGGAGGACUUCAGGUGGCUCCCAGAGGAAGAUUUCAGGCAGCCACCUGAGGAGGACUGGAGACGGCCCCCAGAGGAGGACUUUAGGCGGCCUCUUCAGGGAGAAUGGAGGCGACCACCCGAGGAUGACUUCAGGCGGCCCCCAGAGGAGGAUUUCAGGCAUUCCCCUGAGGAGGACUUCAGGCAGUCACCCCAGGAGCAUUUCCGGAGGCCACCUCAGGAGCAUUUCCGUCGGCCACCCGCAGAGCAUUUCCGGAGACCACCUCCAGAGCAUUUUAGGCGGCCUCCCCCAGAGCACUUCCGGCGGCCACCCCCAGAGCAUUUCAGGCGCCCACCCCCAGAACAUUUCAGGCGCCCACCCCCAGAGCACUUCCGGAGACCGCCCCAGGAGCAUUUCAGGCGGCCGCCUCAGGAGCAUUUCAGGCGCUCCCGAGAGGAAGAUUUCAGGCACCCACCAGAUGAAGACUUCAGGGGCCCUCCUGAUGAAGACUUUAGGCACCCUCCUGAUGAGGACUUCAGGAGCCCCCAGGAGGAAGAUUUUAGAUGCCCUUCUGAUGAAGACUUCAGGCAGCUCCCAGAGGAAGACCUUAGGGAAGCUCCGGAGGAGGACCCUAGACUUCCUGACAAUUUCAGACCUCCUGGUGAGGAUUUUAGGAGCCCGCCUGAUGAUUUUAGAAGUCACCGCCCUUUUGUGAAUUUUGGUCGUCCAGAAGGUGGCAAGUUUGAUUUUGGAAAGCAUAAUAUGGGAAGUUUUCCUGAGGGGAGAUUUGUGCCUGAUCCAAAGAUAAACUGUGGUUCAGGUAGAGUAACUCCUAUUAAGAUAAUGAAUCUUCCAUUUAAAGCUAAUGUUAAUGAAAUUUUAGACUUUUUCCAUGGUUACAGAAUCAUACCUGAUUCAGUUUCAAUACAGUAUAAUGAGCAAGGCUUACCUACAGGGGAAGCCAUUGUUGCUAUGAUAAACUAUAACGAAGCUAUGGCUGCUAUUAAAGAUCUAAACGAUAGGCCAGUUGGGCCCCGAAAAGUUAAGUUAACUUUGCUGUAGAGAGAGAGCAUUUCUAAAUUCAGUUAUCUUCCUUGCAGUAUUGAUGGAGUAAAAUACAUUUGUUUUAAAAAGUGUGGUUUUUUUUUAUAAAUUAUCUAAUGAAAUAUUUUAUUUUUGACCUGUGAAUAGAACAAAUGUAAAUAGUAGAAUGUGAAUCUGGUUUUCUUUUGCUUGCAAAUUGCCAUUAAUUUUUUUUUCUAAUUUAAAAUUACAUAUGCUGUUUUUUCCUUUGAUGGGGAGAAAGAACUAAUUCCCUGAGUUCAUUCAUUUUUGUUGAUGUCAUGGGUAAGCUUCAAGACUUAUUGAAGUAGAGUUGUAUUUGGGGAAGAUACAUUUUAUAUUCACUUUUUUUUCCCCAUUCUGUAGUCUACAUCGUUUACUCAAACUGUAUAAGGAAAUAGUGACUGUUCAGGUUUGGCAUUUUCAUUGCUACUUGCCUGCAGAAUUAAUGCCCUCUUCCUUGUCUGAGAUAUUACUGUGUUAAGUGUCCUGUUAAUUAUAAAUAGUUCAAAAUGGACAGACUGUCAACUUGAAAUUUACUUAUGUAAAAAGCUUAGGUGAUUCUUAGGGUUUCCAUGUUCAUAACUUUACAAAGUUUUAUAACAAUAAAAUUGCAACUUAAUAGAACAACUAA